GGGGAGAACGUAGCGGAACAGACAGCUCAACAUUUCAAAAUGGCGGACGAGAGGUGUCUUUACCUGCCAGAGUUCUACAUCCUGUGGGACACCGGAUAUAAGGAGGAUGAACUUCCGGAAGAUACAGUGACUGUUUGCGUGGUGAAGAAAGAUGGCGGGAAACAAAGUCAGAAUAAUAUUUUUCAUUCAGAAGCAGGCGACGAACAGAGAGCAGACGAAAAAUGUUUCGAUUUUCUUUCAAACGAUCCCUUCAUUUUAGAAGGUGACGAUAUCCAUAUAGAAUUAUACAUGAACUAUUCACCGUUAGCCUCGUUCUCGAAGCCUUUCAGCGAGUUUGUUGUAUCACUACAGGAACAAGAAAAGAAACUUUGUAUUAGUUUGAAACUUGUAAAACUCCGCGGCGUUGAAUGCGAAGGCGACGACGAGGAAAACCGAGAUGGUUUGCGUGAAAUGAAAAAGGCGGGGAUAUCUAUAUCGUCUGUCUGCUGCCGAGAUUGGCGGGGUCUCAAAGAUAUCAUGGAAGACAUUGAGGGAGAAAAAGUUCACGAGAAAAACUGUAAGAAAGUUAAGAAGCAAUUGAAAAAUAUUUUCUCGAAUCCAAAAGAAGCUGAAACAAAUACGGAAUUGGAAACAGCGGAAGUUGAGGUCAUGACAGAAUUGGAAACAGCGGAAGCAGAAGUCAUGACUGAUCCGAUUGAAGAACCGGAACCGGAUCCGGAACCAGAACCGGAACCAGAACCGGAGCCUGAAGCGGAAUCAGAAAGUAGCUCAAGUUCAGAUGACGAAUGAGCUCCCGGUACCAUGUUUACAUAAUGCAAUAUAUUUCUAUUGACUACAGUGUAUUUUCCGAGGAUUAUAAAAAUAUCAUGUGGACCUUAUGCCUCAGAUAUCAAAUCAUUUUUGUAUUUCACGCGACGGUUACGUCCCUUUGCUCGCAAAAACAUUGAUAUUACCUAUCACCUGUUCUAUACUGUACAUUUCUUUUGUCUUUCAACCAGAAACAUCGAAAGAUUAAA